GGUAGUCAAGGACCCACCGGAGCACCUGGACCAGCAGGACCCGUCGGUGCUCCAGGUCUCGCCGGAGAGAUGGGAGCCAAGGGACCCGAGGGAGCCGUGGGACCAGCUGGCGAGAAAGGGAAGGAUGGAGAGCAAGGACCGCAAGGAGCUCCAGGAGUUGAUGGUGGUAAAGGAGAGGCUGGAGAUGUGGGAGAGAAAGGACCAAUGGGUCAUCAAGGACCAACCGGAAUUUCAGGAGCACCUGGCAAACAAGGAAAAGCCGGAGACAAAGGAGCCCCAGGUCCCGCAGGUCCCACCGGAGCUCCAGGACCAGCUGGAGUCAGAGGAGCUCCAGGAGACAAGGGAGAACCCGGAGAUGUUGGAGGCGAUGGCGAGAAGGGAGUUCAAGGUCACGAAGGGCCAGCUGGACCACAAGGUGCCAAAGGUCCCCAAGGAGAUGAUGGUGAUGAGGGAAAAGCCGGUCUGCAAGGACAGCCCGGCCCUGCUGGUGACACCGGUGAGCCGGGAGAUAAAGGACCACAGGGAGCUCCUGGCCCCAAAGGUAGAACUGGAUCUCCAGGCAAAAUGGGAGCACAGGGUGCCCGUGGUACUCCAGGAUCUAUAGUUUUGGCUGAGGGUUCUGCUCAACCAGGAGAUGAAGGACCACAAGGUUUAACUGGAGAGGCUGGACCACAAGGACCCCAGGGGAAUAGAGGGCCAACAGGACCAAUAGGCAAACCAGGUCCCGCUGGAGUUGUUGGACCAACUGGACCUCAGGGAGAGAGAGGUGACACGGGAAACCAAGGACCAAGAGGUGUAGCUGGAGGUGCAGGACCAAAGGGAGAGAGGGGAGCUCCAGGUCCCCAGGGUAGGGAAGGCCUAAUCGGUGCCCCUGGAUCAAAAGGACCAAAGGGGGGAACUGGAGAGGCUGGACCACAGGGACCUCAGGGACCGGCUGGAGCUCCAGGACCCGCUGGAGAUGCUGGACCUCAAGGACCAAGAGGAGCUCCAGGAAAACAAGGGCCUAAGGGUUUCCGAGGUGAGGAAGGACCACGUGGUGAGUCUGGUUUACCUGGUGCUGCUGGCGAAGACGGCAAAGAUGGAGAGAGAGGAGAGAGGGGAGAAGUCGGAUUGCCAGGCCCAGCAGGACCUCAGGGUAAAGCAGGUCAAGAUGGAGACAAAGGAGAGUCUGGCGUUGUUGGAGCUGUUGGUCUUCCAGGUGCCUACGGAGCAACAGGAGCUAAAGGAGAACCAGGCGCUCACGGAGACCAGGGUGACAAAGGUGACAGAGGUUUGCCAGGUGACCAAGGACCUCAAGGAUCUCAAGGAGCUCCAGGAGAAAAAGGACCCGAGGGCGUUCCAGGAAAAGAUGGACCACAAGGAGCUCCAGGUAAACAAGGAGAAAGAGGACCAACUGGUCCAGCUGGACAAGUUGGUGCACCAGGUCACGUUGGACCUCAGGGAGGAGUUGGAGCCCCAGGUGCUCAAGGUCAACCAGGAGAGAGAGGAGAAAGGGGCGAACAAGGUCCCACAGGAGCUCAAGGACCAGUUGGACCAGCUGGACCUCAGGGCAAACAAGGUGAACACGGCGCUAAAGGAGAGAAGGGAGAGGCAGGAGAUAAGGGCGAGCCAGGAUUCCAAGGUGUGACAGGACUUCCAGGACCAAGAGGACCACAAGGAGAAGCCGGCUCUGCUGGAGCACCUGGACCAUCUGGAGCUGAUGGAGCCAGAGGAGAACCAGGACCUCGUGGAUCGCCAGGUCUGCCAGGUAAGGAUGGACAUGCUGGAGUCCCAGGCGGAGUGGGACCUAAAGGACCAGUCGGAAACACGGGAAGAUCAGGACCGGUUGGGCCGGCAGGACCUCCAGGCCCUGAUGGUGAAGACUACCACGUGUCCUCCGCCAUGGGUUACGUUGCCUCCCAGUACAAGGGACCUUCCGGAUACCAAUAUGAUGAGCCUAAACAAGAGACACUGGAGAGACACAGAAACUUCGGCAGAAUUGGCAAGCUGAUCGACUUAGUUAAACAAACGCUGGGAACAAAAGAAUCGCCAGCCAGAACAUGCAGGGACCUUUUCCUUGCCCACCCAGACUUCACGAGUGGUAUGUACUGGGUCGAUCCCAACGAGGGAAUCGUUGACGAUGCCUUCGAAGCCUACUGCGACAACGAGAACAAAGCCACCUGCAUCAACGCCAAACAACAAUCUAUCGACAAAGCCACAUGGUACACUGGACCAACCAAGAAGACUUGGUUCGGUGAAGAAAUCAGAGAAGGCAGCACCCAGAUCACCUACCAAGCCGCUCUUCCUCAGAUUCAAUUCUUACAAGUUCUCAGUUCUCACGCCAAACAAACCUUCACAUACUUGUGCAAAAACUCAGUCGCUUACAUGGAUCCAGAAUCGAGCACCGACAGUGCAAUCGUUUUCUCGUCUGCUGAUGAUGAGGAACUUGGCCCACUCGGCAGAAACCGCUACUCCGUUAAACUCGACGAAUGCAAAAACAAAUCUUCGUCUUGGGGGAAGACCAUCUUCGAGUUUUCAACAGAGAAACCAAACCACCUCCCAGUUGAAGACUUCGCUCCGUCAGACAUCGGUGCCGACGAUCAAGCCUUUGGUCUCGAAAUCGGACCAGUUUGCUUCUCGUGAAUCAGUCAUCUGCUUGAUUAGUUGAUUGGUAUAUCGACCGAUUGGCUGAUAUACCAGUUGAUUUAUUAAUUGUAUACUGAUUUUUAUUUGUCCACCUUUAAUUAAAAUUACACAUAGGACUGUUUGUUUGGUGUAACGAUUAAAUGAAUAAAUAUAAAGAGGGUUCUAAAUAAAUUUCUAAUGAUGAAUGAUCGAUAGAAGAGAAGAUUGCAAGCCAUCACGGAUAACCACUGUUGAUUACGUUGUUGAUUUGAUUAUUUAAUCUAAUUUUUAAUGGUUUGGAACAUGUGAAAAUAAAGUACUAAUACAAUA